CAGGGACAUUAACUAAUUGGUCUUUGUGUUUGUGAACUCUGCAGCCAGAAGGAACUAAAAUAACCCCAGCAGUCUAAUUUUACACCAGCUACUGUCAUACUAUACAGCCACGAGUUACUACCACAUAAUUCACAUGUUAAUACCAUUUUUAAAUAUAUAGAAAAAUGCACUUAGUUCUGUGCGCAGUGUAGAGGCAUUACUGUGAGUUGUUUUCAUUUAUUUGAAUAAACUUAUUGUCAGAAUUAGUAACCAGUUAUAAUAAUGAAAACCCCAUCCCCCAACUUACUUUGACUGGCAGUUAUUUUCAUUUGAUGAGAAGACACAUUGAUUAUUGUGACGCUUAUUUUGCCAACAAAUGAUAAAGUAAUUAGGCCUCUAAAUGGGGCUAGGUCUGGACUUGAGUCAGCACUGCAAGAGGACAGUUGUCUUGCCUGGCAGUGAUUAGCUGCUGUGACAGCUGAUCUGGUGUUGACUCCAGGAGAAAGGGGAGUGCCCACAGGUCAUUAAUGGGUCUGAGACAAUUAAUUGCCACAGUCUGUUGUUUGGAUGUGAGACAAGGACUGCGGAGGAUCCCGGGACUCUUUUAAGGAUCUGAGAUCCACAUAGGGAAGGGUCUUCAGGAGGAGAAGUGGAUGGGCAGGCCUGUUCGCUGUAGCCCACACCAAGCCCCGCCAUGUUCAGCCGUUUGAGAAGCUUGAUGGGGGCUCCAGAGCCCCCCCCUGCCCAAGCUGCUACCCCACCUUCUACCCCAGCUCCACCACCUAAGGAAGAAAAGCCCCCUGAAAAGAAGGAUGAAGAAGAGCAGCCAAAGAAAGAGGAAGAAAAGAAAGAGGAGGACAAAAAAGAAGAGGAAAAGAAAGAAGAAGAGCCCAAGAAAGAAGAAGAGCCAAAACCAGCUGCUCCAGCUGCUCCAGCUGCUCCAGCUGCUCCAGCUGCUCCUGCUGCUCCUGCUGCUGCUGCUGCUCCUGCUGCUGCUGCUGCUGCUCCUGCCAACCCAGAGGGGGCUGAUGGUGAAGGAGCCCCUCCACCCUCUCCUCCACCUGUUGUCUACUUCCGCUACACAGAUGACACACUCAGAAGUUUGAUCAAGAGGUUAAGAGAGCGGACAGAGAUACUCAGAGAGAAAGCCAUAGACCCUUAUGCCACUUCACCAGAAAUCACCCCACCUGUCACACCGAUUCUGAAGAAGGAGGACUACAUCAGGAAGAAGGAAGAGGAGCGGAUAGCGAAAGAAGAAGCGGAUAAAAAGAAGGCGGAAGAGGCAGCCAAAAAGGCAGAGGAGAAGAAGAAAAAGGACGAGGAGAAAAGGCUGGAGGCCGAGAAGAAAGCAGAGGAGGAGAGGCUGGCAGAGGAGGCCAAGAAGAAAGCGAAGAUCCUCCCAGACAUCAGCUGCUCCUGCUUCGACGUCCUCUUCCGUCCAAUUGAGGUCAAGAUGGAUACCAUCCUGGGAAACACCAUAGAUCCUUUCACAGAUCGGCGGUAUAUUGGCUGGUUGGCCGUGGUAGCGCUGGCAUUCAACUACAACGUUUGGUUUUGCACUGCCCGGUUGGCUUUCCCUUACCAUAAUGAAACUGUCAACCCUUACUGGAUAGUUUGUGAUGUUCUUAGUGACAUAGUGACUGUUAUUGACAUCAUGGUGUGGCAGCCCCGACUACAGUUUGUCAAAGCCGGGGACAUCAUUAAAGACGGAGCUGAGACUAAGGUACAUUAUCGGAAAUCACCGCGAUUUAAGAUAGACAUAAUCAGCAUCCUCCCCUUUGACCUUCUCUGCCUGCACUUUGAAUUCUCCUCCAUAUACCGACUCAACCGCUUUAUCAGGGUUGAUUCCUUCUUUGAGUUCAGCGAUCGACUCGAGAGUAUCAUGGCCAAGGCCUACAUCUGGAGAGUGGCUCGCACCACAGGUUACCUGCUCUUCGUGCUCCAUCUCAACGCCUGUGUGUAUUUUGUUGCCUCAGUACACCAGGGUCUUGCAACGACUACAUGGGUGUAUGACGGAAAGGGCAACGCGUACCUGCGUUGCUACUACUAUGCUGUCCGCAGUCUGAUCAACAUCGGUGGUCUUCCAGAACCUGUAACCACCUUUGAGAUCACCUUUCAGAUGUUGAACUUUUUCAUUGGCGUCUUUGUGUUCUCCAGUUUGAUUGGACAGAUGAGAGACGUCAUAGGAGCAGCAACAGCAGGUGAGACAUACUUUCGGGCAUCAAUGGACGGCUGUGUUGCCUACAUGAACACCUAUAUGAUCCCCAAGCACAUCCAGAACAGAAUCCGCACCUGGUACAACUACACCUGGGCCGCUCAGGGCAUGCUGGAUGAGUCUGAGCUGCUGGACAAGAUGCCUUUGGUGAUGAGAACUGCCAUCGCUGUGGACGUCAACCUGGCCACCUUCCAGAAGAUCGCACUGUUUCAGGGCUGUGACCAGCAGAUGUUGGUGGACAUGUUGCUGAGGCUCAAGUCUAUCAUCUAUCUACCUGGAGACUUUGUUGUGAAGAAAGGCGACAUCGGUAAAGAGAUGUACAUCAUUAAAAGUGGAGCGGUGCAGGUGGUGGGAGGACCCGACAACAGCAUUGUGUUUGUCACGCUGAAGGCCGGCUGCGUGUUUGGAGAAAUCAGUUUACUACAGUCUGCCAAAGAUGGAGGAAACAGGCGCACAGCUAAUGUGAAAGCACAUGGCUUUGCUAACCUUUUUGUCCUGGAGAAAAAGGACUUGUUUGAUAUCCUCAUCCACUACCCAGAGUCUCAGAAAGUCCUGGCCAGGAAGGGAAGGAAACUGAUCAAAGCCAAAGGCCCUGCAGCUGCUAAAACCAAUGAGGACAAGCAGAAAGGAAUGACUCUGUUUGGACAAAAACCACCAACGCCCAAGUUACUCAAAGCUUUUGGAAAUUUACGCAAAGGAGGCUUCAUGGACAUGCUCAAGAAACAGGCAGGGGAGCAGAAAUGAGAGGGGGAUGUGUGCCGCUACUGAGCUUCACCACUUCAAAUCUGCAUCAUUGUAUAUAUUCCACUUAUUAUUCCAUUCUGAGCUCUCAUAUGAUCCCACACUCUUCAGCACAGACAUCAACCGAAACCAGUGAGAUGUUACAAAACAUCGCAGGACCAGAUUGGAAACGUAACUGUAAUCAUAAUCUAAUAAUGUUCACCUUGUAAACGUCUGUGUAUCCCUUAAUAGAGACAGAAACGUCUGCUCAACAGACUGAUCAAUGCCAGUAGUCAAAUCUGGAGGUUAACGUUAUGUUUAAAGUAUGUAUAUUGUAAAUUGUGCAUCAUUUUUCAUAUAAAGUUAAGAUGUUUACUACAGAAUGUGUCCUCCGUUUUAUUACUAAAAGAUGAGCUUGAGUUUGGACUGUGUAAUUUGUUUUAGAUUGGAAGAACUUAGUAUGAGCAGAGAGUUAGUACGAGCAGCAAAAGCUCCCAUGGCUGAACAGGUAAAGAGCACCACCUACUGUUUGACAUUAGAAUUUAAACUUUAUCAAAAGAAGAUUAAAGGAAGACGACAACAGCUCUGGCUCACUGUUCAGCUGACCGAUGAUCUGUGACAAGCACAUGAAAGAAAUGACUGCCUCACUCUUUACAGUACUGCGAGAUCAAAAUAAUUACUCGAUAAUGUUGCUCAAACUUAAGGCACUGCUGGAUUAAGAAGAGAAGAUUUCAGGGUGUUUGUAGUGAAAUGACAUCAGAGAAAUGGUUUAUGGUUUUAUGCUUUUUGAGAUGUUUUUGUGGACACUUUCCACCGUGAAAACUUGUCUCCAUUGUAACUGACGCGGGUCCAAGUUGUCCACAGUCUCCGUUCUCCAUGAAGAAGCAAACUACAAACUUUGUACAGACAUCUAUUAAGUUUGCAUAAGGUGAGGGUUUCAUACUUAAAAGACUUUUAUUAAUUUGUUCUCUAUUCUCUAAGUCUUUUGUCUUUGUUUAUUCUUGUGUUUGUGGACUUUUUUCAUUCUUGUCCUUUGUUCCAUUUUUGCAAACUACUUAGUACAGAGUGUUUUGGAUAUAUGCUAUGUGAUUAUAAGUAUUCAUUAGGUAAAGUAGCUAGGUUGGUGAUCUAUGGCCACUUGAUCUCACAGCUCUGAACUGUUUCCACGUAGUAAAACUAGAUCUGUCCAUAUAUUCCAUUAUUCAUUUAUCUCUUGCUGGUUGCAACCUGAUUGUAGAAAUCUCUGCGGCCUAAGAAGUGCUAACAAAGACGAGACAAGAAAAGAUGACUUUUAGAGAUCAAUGUUAUUUGGUAAUGAUAACACCUGAGCAGCCUGAAGCUUUUCACAGACAUUUUAAGUCCACUUCACAGAAUAAAAUGCACAUAAAGCUAUAGAAACAUGAUGGCUAACUAUAAAAAGCAGUGUAACAUGAUGCAUAACAAAUAAUACAUGAGGAAAAAAAUCCACACAAAUGUAAAAUAAGCUGAAAACAGAAGUGAAAAAUAAGGCGUGAACACUGUUUUAGCUUCCUACUCUCAU